GAUAUAUAGUUGCAAUGAAGGGCAAAAGUGAAGAGAGCAAACAGCUUCAGUAUCAGCAAACUUUGAUGUAUGGGCGCUACACACAGGAGCUGGGUGUGUAUGCCAAGGAGGAAGCGGCGCGCCUACGUGACGGGGGUGUGCGGGAUGGAGGGGGGCUGCGGAGGAACACCAGCGUCAGGAGCAGAGCGGCGGAUCUGCUCGAGUAUGAGAAGGACCCAUGUGCCAAAUGCCAAAUGUGUGCGUCUCGAUGCCAAAAGUUCCUCAUUUCGAGAGUGGGGGAAGACUGGAUCUUUCUCAUUUUGCUGGGGCUGCUGAUGGCCCUGGUGAGCUGGGUCAUGGACUAUGCGAUAGCGUUCUGCCAAGAAGCACAGAAGUGGAUGUACGGUGGUCUGGACAGUAAUCUGCUGUUACAGUACAUCGCCUGGGUCACGUACCCUGUGGUGCUCAUCACAUUCUCCGCGGGAUUCACUCAGAUCCUCGCCCCUCAAGCCGUCGGAUCAGGCAUUCCCGAAAUGAAGACCAUUUUACGAGGGGUGGUGCUGAAGGAGUACCUCACCUUUAAGACGUUUGUGGCCAAAGUCAUCGGGCUGACCUGCGCUCUGGGCAGCGGGAUGCCUCUGGGAAAAGAGGGGCCCUUCGUGCACGUUGCCAGUUUGUGUGCAGCUCUCCUCAGUAAAUUCAUGGCUGCCGUGUUUGGAGGGAUUUACAUGGAAGAGCCCUGUGAGGGGAGCAAGAACGAGCUGAGGAACACGGAGAUGCUGUCGGCCGCCUGCGCCGUGGGGGUGGGCUGCUGCUUCGCCGCCCCCAUCGGAGGGGUGUUGUUCAGCAUCGAAGUGACGUCCACGUUCUUCGCGGUGAGAAACUACUGGAGGGGCUUCUUCGCUGCCACCUUCAGUGCCUUCAUCUUCAGAGUGCUGGCCGUGUGGAACCAGGAGGAGGAGACCAUCACUGCGCUCUUCAAAACCCGCUUUCGUCUGGAUUUCCCAUUUGAUCUGCAGGAGCUGCCAGCGUUCGCCAUUCUGGGGAUCGCGUGUGGAUUCGCCGGAGCGCUGUUUGUCUACUUGAACAGACUCAUAGUGGAAUGCAUGAGGAAACAGAAGACGAUCAACAAGUUCCUACUGAGAAAGCGCCUGCUGUAUCCGGCGCUGGUCACUCUGCUGGUGUCCACGCUGACGUUCCCCCCGGGCCUGGGACAGUUCAUGGCGGGGCAGCUGACGCAGCACGAGUCCCUGGUGGCUCUGUUUGACAAUCGGACGUGGUGCCGACAGGGCGUGGCGGAGGAGUUCAACUACAACAGCCACCACCACGCCUGGAAACACCCCCAAGUCAGCGUCUUCAUCACACUCAUCCUCUUCAUCGUCAUGAAAUUUUGGAUGUCCGCCGUCGCCACCACGAUGCCGGUCCCUUGUGGAGCCUUCAUGCCAGUUUUUUUAAUAGGUGCAGCAUUUGGCCGGCUUGUCGGCGAGAUAAUGGCGUCCGCGUUUCCUGACGGUAUCCACGCCGACGGCACCGUGUACCCCAUCGUUCCAGGAGGAUACGCCGUUGUCGGUGCAGCGGCCUUGUCCGGAGCCGUCACGCACACCGUUUCCACCGCUGUGAUUGUGUUUGAACUCACCGGUCAGAUUUCGCACAUCCUGCCGGUCAUGAUCGCUGUCAUUCUGGCCAACGCUGUAGCUCAAGCCCUGCAGCCUUCACUCUAUGAUUCAAUCAUUCGUAUAAAGAAACUCCCCUACCUCCCCGAGCUGGGAAUGGGACACCAUGAGAAAUACAAUAUCCGAGUGGAGGACAUCAUGGUUAGAGACGUGCGUUACAUCACACUCAGCUCGACCUAUCGAGACUUACAGGAGAUGCUGCAGACGGGACAGCUCAAAACUCUGGCCUUGGUCGAGUCCAGAGAGUCCAUGAUCCUGCUGGGUUCCAUCGAGCGACUCCAGCUACAGUCUCUGCUCACGCUGCAGUUGGGCCGCCAGCGCAGACUCGAGUACCUCCGGCAGAUGGCGCAAGACAACGGCACCCAGGACCCUCUCCCCAGCCUGACCUCGGACAGCAGCGCCAGCUCCCCCUGCGGCCAGACGCACGUCAUCAACGCCACUCCUCGCACCAACGCUCGCCAAACGGUUCGCUUUUUGGUGAGCACGCAAGAGAUCUCUACAGAGGAGACGUCUUCCUUCAGCCCGGCGGUGUCCAACUUGCAACUUCCUCUCAAAUCUGCCCUGAAAACCGUAUCAGCCAUCAGCGACACGGAGACUCCAAAUAGCUCGCAGACGCUCUCGUGCACGGACCAGGACAAGGAGCUGCUGGAGAGCCCUGGGCCGGCUCCUCCUGAACACAGAAAGGCCAGGCCCAAACGCAUGAGGAUCUCCAUGGCGGAGUCUGAGGUGGAAGACCACAUGAGCCCAACAGAGAUUUCAGUGUGGGAGGAGCAGCAGCUCGACCAAGCUGUAGAUUUCAAGAACUGCAAGAUUGACCCUGCUCCCUUCCAACUGGUGGAGCAAACCUCGCUACACAAGACUCACACCAUCUUUUCCCUGCUGGGCCUGGACCACGCUUAUGUGACCAGUAUGGGGCGUCUGGUCGGAGUAGUUUCUCUCAAAGAGUUGCGUAAAGCCAUUGAGGGCUCGGUGACAGUGACUGGGGUCAAAGUGCGUCCCCCUUUGGCAAGUUUCCGGGACAGUGGCAAUACCACAAGUGUCUCUGAAGUAACCGAACUCCACAAACUGUGCAUCCGCCACAGGGGCCUCUCGUUACCUCGGGACCUUAAUCGACCCAAAAUGGACGACACCGACAACCUUCCGUUUGAAGAGAUUCCCGUCAACUUUUCAGACCAAUGCACUUUACAAUUUGCUACAGGCCAAACUGUUGACAUCAGAGAAGAGCUGGUUCUCCAGGAUAGCCCCUCAUUUACCGAAGACCAAUCAGAAUUCACCUUUGACUGUAGCCCCUCCCACACAGAGGAGUCAGAACUGGCUUGUGACUAUGACCCGCCGAGUCAGACGCCAGAGCCAGACGAAAUCCAACAGGAACAAGGUCAGAACGUGGACCAAUCAGAACAGGAGGAAGAGCGAAGCCCGCCUACAAUAGCGACCAAUAAGAAAGAUUAGCAGGGAUACGUGUGCGUCUCAAGUGUUACAAGUCCAGCCUGGCUAUAUGUAUUUAUAGCAUCAUAACUUGAGGUGUGAAUGACAAAUGUGAGACUACAUCCAACUAAUACUUUUUAUGAAUCUAACGGAUCUCAUGCCAGAGGAAUCGUUUAGGACACUUUUAUCAAACUAGGUAACCCAUAGUUGCUUUGGGAGUUUUUUGUUAAC